UAUAAAUGGCCGACAUAUACAACAUAUAGCGACACCAGUUAAAGAUAUGGCUGCAGCAUUGCAUCAAACCGACCUUCUAAAAGGACUCAACCGCCUCAGACUAGACGGGAAAUACAGUGAUGUCACAAUCAGAUGCGGAGAUCGAUCGUUUUCCUGUCAUCGAGUGGUGCUAGCGGCCGUGUCUGAUUUCUUUGAGUGCAUGUUUGAUGUUGAAAUGCAGGAGUCUUUGACCCGCGAAGUUGAUCUGACCCCAUAUAUCGUUUCUGAGGAGAUGAAUAUUUGCGAGAAGGUUCUUCAGUUCAUAUACAUGGGAGAAUCUGCUAUAGACAUGUCUUCUGCAGGACAUCUUCUGGAAAUCGCAAAGCAAUUCCAGAUGCCUUCUUUGGAAGCCUCCUGUCUCAAGUUUCUCUCAACAAAUCUAGACCAAACCAAUUGUCUUACCGUAUGGCAAACUGCAGAAGCGCAUGGUUUUGCCGAGCUAGAAGCACUUGCACUGUCCUUGGUAAAGAAACACUUCCAAGAGGUCUGCUAUAGCAAUGAUUUCUUGUCCCUUUGCAAAAUCGACUAUAUUCUUACCAUUCUAAACGGUCAGAACAUGAACUGUCCAGACAAACGUAUCAUUUGUAAGGCUGUCAUGUUGUGGAUAAUUGCAGACUUCGAAAACCGUGCUGUUUACAUUGAAGAGAUCAUGAAAGCCUUAAACGUUGUUCCCGUGGAUGUAGAUGACGUCGAGGCGAUAAUUUCAUGUGACAGUUUUCGAGAUAUACGCGAAGACAGUACAUAUCAGAGUACAAUAUACUCACUAAAGAAAGCACGUUACUCGUGCCAGUUCGCCGGUUCAGCUAACCAAGGCCUACUCAGUGAUGAAUCGCUAGUCGUGAUUGGUGGAUGUGAGGAUGGAUCCAAUAAGGAUAUGCAAUGCUUCAGUUUUUCUCAGAAGAAAUGGUUCAAAUUGGCUGCUUUGCCAUUCGAUGUUGGUUUCGAUUUUGCAGUUUGUUCAGAAGGCCUGAACAUUUUCGUUUCCGGUGGCACUUCGCAUAAGAAAGUUUUAUUACGUUACGAUGGAGAGAUGAAUAAAUGGGACAAGAUGGGAGAAAUGCCUCAUGGGAGACAACGUCACUGUAUGGCAAUUGUCCGGAAUACUUUGUAUGUGCUGGGAGGCUACGACACUGCCAAAUCAAGUCCAUACCAGCACAUUGAUCUGUUUGACCUGGCCACAUUACGAUGGGUGACAGGUGGGAGAAAGCAUCACAUGGCGAUACCAGUGAGGUCCGCUUCGUGUGCAGUUCUUGGUCAGAUAAUCUAUGUUGUUGGUGGUUUUGAUUCAAGAGGAAACCAGAUCAGCAGAGUGCAAUAUUUCAACGCCAAAGACAAAUACUCCGGCGAGGAGUACCAGGUCUUGCCAGAGGAAGCAAACUCCAAGUAUCAAGCGGUAGUGGUCAGUGAUAAACUAUAUAUUGUUUCAAAAAAUGGCGAGGUCUUUCAAUACGACCCAGGGGCGGAUCACCGACCAUUCGUUGUUGGAAAUAUAUCGACAUUUCCUAGAAAAGACUAUGGAGUUUGUGCUUUCGAGGGCAAUAUACUAGUGCUAGGCGGAGCAGUGAGAUUCCAGCCGAGAACGGAUAUGAUCCAGUUCAAUACCGUCAAAAAGCUCACAGUAGUCAUGCAGGAGGUAAUGCCGGCCCCCAGGAGUCAGUUUGGUUUGUGCAAGACUCAAGUAAUUAGACGACAUCUUAGUAAUGUUGAUGACUAAGAUUCUGCGAAAAGGGACGAUACCUAAAGUAACAGGACACAUAAUCCGCUUCGCGACUACUGUGGAUUUUAAACCAUUUUCAGUUUGGAUGUGUAUUAACUUUGUUCGUGAUAGUGUUUAAAUAUCUGUUUUUUAAACGUGUCUUUUUAACAUGUUUGCAUUGUCGCGUUUUAUAAAUUGUAGAUACCUUCUGUUUAUAUAUAUCUCAUGUAUAAUUUUAAUUUAUAGGGAUGUUUUUUUAUAGAUGUGUCAUUGUUAUCGUUUUGUUGAACAUAGAUUACUGUUAUUUAGAGUUACACGCUUGUAUUUCUAAAACGUAGUUUAAUGCGAGUAAAACAGAUGGACUGA